UCGGUGGACUCCCAUGCUUGGAACAACCAGGGAGACGAAAACACUACAAAGAGAGGUCAGGGGUUCAUGAGGGCCUGGCUCACAGAAUUGUAAGUGUGGCAUGCUGGCAAAACUGAACAACUGAUCAUCAGAUACAGGUCAUGGUAUAAGCAUGGCUUCUCAGAACGCUCAGAGUUUCCUCCAGCCACUCUCCUCCUGGAUGUCCCGGAUGUAUGAAGCUGUCCAACAAGCAGGAGACUCCUUAUCUUCUUCGUUGGUCAACUUGAGCAGAGUGGACCACAAGUUGGAGGAAGAUGGAAACCAGGACUUAGAAGACAGUGAUGGCAGUUAUAAGGACUACUCUGAAGAUUCAGAAGAUGAAGGAAGCUUCACCCAGAACAUGAAAGGUGCUGAGCAUGUGCAUCUUGAAGACAGUCACUUUCCAUCAACAAGUCAGGAUCUUGAUUCCCAGGCACCUGCCGGUGGCUCCAACAUGAGUCUGCAAUGGCAAAAAAGAGUGAGAAGUGGCACCAGCUCCUCAGAGCAACGUCCAGAUGACACCAGCUCUCUGUCAUCCCAGGGAUUUUACCAAGAAUAUGACGAUCACCAGCUGCUAGGUAUGCUUCCUGCCAUACCCGAAGAGGAAGGCUACCUCAACAGGCAGAUAAGGGAUCUUCAGCAUGACCUUGAUGUGGCUGGCUCAUUAGAAAAUAUUAAUGGAAAGGCAUGUGUGGAAGUGAACAGUUAUGGGGAGGAUGAAGAGCUAACCACAUCUUCAGAUAGCGACGAUGAGGUGAUUAAACAGUUUGCGAUCUCUGUGUCACGCUCGCAGAGUUUUCGUUCGGGGGUGUCUGAAAAAGCAACUCAGGCAGGUUCAGCACGUAAACCUAAAUUCAACCGCUUGCUGUCCAACCAUGAGGAGUACAGUACCGAGGCAUCUGAAUGCGAAGAACUGGAUGGGCUUAGCCAACUGAGUUUCCAAGACAACCUAUCCUAUCAUGAAGAUGACCACAUAUCUGUUGAUUCAAGAACUACCUCUGAGAGUAGGGGUACCAUGCAAGCCAAAGGCCCUGGAAUGGAAGCUAGCAGUGCCCAUAGCCUUAGCCAACAAGCCACAGAAGGGAGCUUGCAAAUGGAGACAGCGUUCAGCAACCAGAGAUUUGAAGGAAAUGACACAACUGACAGCUCAUCAGCUUGGAGCCCUGAGGAACAUGAUGGAGGGAAUAGUCUUCCAGCUCAUCAUAAUGCCCGUGAACCCAUUUCUAAAUGCGGUGACCUAGACGUCCUCCUCGAUUAUAAGGCCUCGAGCCAAAAGCUGCUGGUAACUAUCCUGGAGGCUAAGGAUAUCCCAGACAAAGAUCGCAGUGGUGUGAACACCUGGCAAGUUCACACAGUCCUGAUGCCCAGCAAGAAACAGAGGGGAAAGUCGAGUAUUCAGAAAGGACCCAUCCCAGUGUUCAAAGACAAAAUGACCUUUAAUAAGCUGGAGCCAGAGAAGCUGAGUAGCUACGCACUCAGGUUCCGUCUCUAUGCAGUGCACAAAAUGAUCCGGGAACAGAUGAUGGGGGAGCAACUGUUUUAUCUGAGGAGCCUAAACCAGGAGGGGGAAGUGAAGGUGACACUGGUUUUGGAGCCAAGGAGCGAUAUGAGUAGUGGAGACUCUCAGCUCAGUCUGUCGGCUGUCUCGCACAGUGAUAGUGCUUCUUCAGCACAGUCCCUGUCGCACGGAGGUGUACCAGAGCUGCUGGUGGGACUGUCGUACAAUGCCACUACCGGACGGUUGUCAGUAGAGAUGAUCAAAGGCAGCCAUUUCCGCAACCUUGCUAUUAACAGGCCGCCCGACACCUACGGAAAACUCUGCCUCCUCAACUCCAUGGGCCAGGAGAUGUCUCGUUGCAAGACAUCCAUCCGUCGAGGCCAGCCAAACCCCAUCUACAAGGAGACGUUCAUCUUCCAAGUUGCCCUGUUCCAGCUUUCUGACGUCACGCUGAUGAUCUCCAUAUACAACCGGCGCAGCAUGAAGCGCAAGGAGAUGAUAGGCUGGAUUUCUAUGGGUCAGAACAGCAGUGGAGAAGAAGAACAAAACCACUGGCAAGAAAUGAAAGAAACGAAAGGGCAGCAGGUCUGCAGGUGGCAUACCUUGCUGGAAUCCUAAUGGUCUCUGAGCUCCAGGGACUGCCCACUGGACCCUCCCAUAAUCACCCCCCUGAAAGCAGCCAUCCCAUAGCAAACAUUAUGAACCAGCUGGGUCUAUUUUAACUGAGAUUUUAAAAUUCAGCGCACUCAGUGAAUGUAGGUGCUGGGGCCCGGUGAGCAAAUUUACCUGUUGCCUUUGAGGGUUUUCGUACAUUUUCUCACCCAAACGAUCACCAGAAGGGAAGUGGUUAUGAAAAACACAAAGCUACUUUUACCCUCUUGCCGUCAAUGCCUCAUUGAUCUAAAUUGCUUUUGAUGCUAUUUUCUUCUGGUGUCAUGUCUUUCUCCCACCUCCAUUCCUGUUAUUGAUGUAUGCAAAUGUUCUUGAUACACAGAUGACGUCAUUAGUCUAGCACUGCAUGCCACUCACUCUUCCGUUUACUACAGUGUUUCUAAAUCCUAGAGAUAAACAUUUGAUACCACUUAAGACUGAUUAAUAUAUUUUCAGGUAGCAUGGGGAAGCACUGAAGAUUUCUCUGUAAACUGUUAAGUGCCUAGAGAUUGCCAUUACUUUCUUGUAUUAGUGAUGAUCUUAUUUACCAGUAUUUGAAGUAAGCAUGUUUCCUUUCUUGUGCAACCUAUAUCCCCAGAUGUUUGUAUGAGGUGAUGGGUGUCAAUUUAACAUAGUAGUUAUAUAAUGCAUGUUUUAGAUGCUGCCUCAUGGCUUCUAUUUUUGUGGAAACAAAACAACAACAAAAGAGAGAGAGACCAAAACAAGCUGCACAUCUGCCUUUGUGCCUAAACUAUGAUUAUUCUAGAUCAUUGUUCACUCUUCUUAUUUUAUUCUUAAUGUGAGGUUCGCUUGGAAGAACGAUUCUGUGCAUAGUGGGGUUUCUUGUUUCUUUUAUCUUUCAAUGACUGUGUCAAAUCGGCUCCAAGUAAAAAAUGUUUUUCAAGCAUCCUGUAAAAUAUUCCAGGGAUCUGAAAGUCAAGGUGAAUUCUUAACUUCUCUGACAUCACGAGGAAGGAUCUGCAGGCCCCAUGGUGCUAUCACUUCCCCUUGUGUGAACCCACCUCAAGCAGUGAUGUCGAUGCACAAGAAGGAAUAGAAUCCCACUUGCUCUCUUAGAGGUGUUGGCCCUGGAGGGCUAACAGAAGCGAAAAGUAUGAGAGUUCACACCCAUGUCUGCAUUCCCACAAAGGGCAGAUCUGCUGAUUAAAGGGAGGUGAUCUUUACGUAGUCGUGCUUCAGAGCGUAGCGACACUUUCAGUUUUAAUCUUUUUCCUGCCUUCAAAAUGAGUUAAACCCAGGGCAGGCAGUAGAUAGGGGAAGAAGGCUAAUUUUGUUUCUUGAUUAUUGAUGGAUUCAGUGCUAGUUGUUGCCGAGCAAUAGGAGCCAUGAACCUAGUGCACAGAGCCAUGCAAUAAUUGUACUGGUCUUACCAGAUGAAGAUAGGUGCCAGAUCCCUAACUAAUUUCAAGUAACACCUAUUGCACAGUCUUUAACUUAAACCCUUCAGCUGGCAUCUCUCCAUUCCUACUGACCAUAGUGAAGCACAAAAAUACUCGACUGCAAAAGGCUUUCAAAUUUGAUUCAUAGUUUCUCUUUUUCUUUGUUUCCCCAACUUAUAGAGAAUUAGGGCCAGAUUCUGCUCUGUGGCACCACUACGAGUCUACUUACUUCACUGGGGCUAUUCAGGACCUAACAUAAGCCUCAGCUUUGGGCUGCAUCUGAGCUAUGGUCAUUGCAUCUCAGGUAAUGGUGGGAGGACAGCUGGCCGGGGUCAGCUCUGUCCCCACAGGGCCAGUCCAGCAGAUGGGAAUUGCCAGCAUGAGGGCCACACAGUCUUUCCUCUGGCUGUGCUUCUGUUCUGCUAUAUUAGCUCCUUUGCACCUGGAGAUUCUCCCUUGUGGGCGGAAUAUCCUCUGCUCCCUAGUUAAGCUGGCAUUACAGCUGCUGUGCACCACUGGAGCAGCACAAAGCAGCAGAGCUGGAUCUGGCCCAUGUAAUCUAGCAGACAAAUUCCUUUUUGGCUGCAAUGCUCAUGCUAUUGAAUCACUGACUGAAAGGAAAAAGGAGUUCAGCUGAGCAGUUAAGUGAUAAAUCCUGCAGUCUGGGACUUAUUACAUGUUUCUAAUGUACUUCCCUUCAGGAUAAAAGCACAGUAAGUGGCCCUGCUUAAUGGCAGUAGUCACUGUGUUUAGGUAUGUUGUGUAAUUUUUGCAUCAUUUUUCUCUGACCUGCACAAAAUGUACAUACUAGUGUUUUUUUUAAAUAACUGUUCUAUGCACGAUGUGUGCAUAAUACUGAACUUAGCAUUUUGCUUAUUAACCUACUACUGCACAUGCAAAAUGUGAUAUGUGAUUAUAUAAUUCUAAACGGGAGUUACAUAUUGAUACAAAGUUUCAGCCACUAGUGAAGAUACACAUGAUAACGUAUCUGUGAUGUUUUUAAACUCCAUCCUCACGCAGCCUGGGAGAAGAUGAUUUUUCAGAGGCAUGAAGAUAACUGGUUUGGGACUUCCGCAACAUUUCACACCAACUUCCAUUUUGAAGUUACAUUAUAAAGGGAAAUUGAUUUUAAAAUAUAUAUACACUGUAGAAAAUAGUUGGCCACAGUACAGCAAAAUAUGUAUUUUAAUCAAAACAAUUAAUUUUUCAUACUUGGCUAAGGUAUUUGGGGUGAGGGAUAGGUUUUUUGUAACAAUUGUUAUGGCAGUGAUUUUUCGUGGUACCUUCCAAGGAAAAUUGCUCAACGGGUAAAUGGGUGCCAAGAAU